AUGGCUGCUCUCCAAACUGUUACAGUUCCCCACCUCGGUGGUAUCAAAGCGGGUUACGCAUUCGCGCAGAGCCCCUAUGAUGCAUCCAAGCCGACAUGUGUCCUCAUCAAUUCGAUGUGCAUGACCGUGUCUCUCUAUCAUGAUCAAUUUAACAACAAAGAGCUGACUGAUGCUAUGAACCUUUUGGCCAUCGAGCCAUUAGGCCAUGGCUCGACUAGUUCUACCACUGAGCACUUUACCUACUGGGAUUCUGCGCAUAUGGCCCUGCAGGUCCUGGACCACUUCAAGAUCCAGAAAGCCUUUGCUCUGGGUACAAGUCAAGGAGGCUGGGUUGUAGCCAGGAUGGCACUUCUAGCACCAGAAAGAAUUCUCGGUAUCAUGCCUUUGGGAACAUCAAUGGACUACGAAUCUUCAGACUCUCGGACCAAGGAUUGCUGGGAUCCUGCCACCAGCCUCACGACAUUUUAUGACAAAUGGUCCACUAACUCGGCUACACCUGAGUUCAUUGUAGAUGACGUCUGGUGCGGAUUGGUCAGCGGAAUUGGCUUCGGAGCUGCAGCCACCGAAGAGGGAGCUGCAUUCUGGUCCAAGACCCUAAAGGAGGUUUACAAAGGCGAUGAAGGCCGGAAGAAGGUCCGUAUGGCCCUCGGCUGCCUACUAGAGCGGGAUGGGCUUUUGCUCCGACUCAGGGAUAUCAAGUGUCCCGUUUAUUGGCUACAGGGAUCUGAAGACUAUCCGUUCGGAACGAAGGUUCCCAAGGAACAGAUAAAGCUCUUCACCUCGUCUGAAGACGCCAAGCUUAUUAUGAUUGAAGGGGGCGCACACUAUCUGAAUGCCAGUAACCCGAAGGAGGUGAAUGAGGCUCUUUUGGAGUUGGUCACGAAGCACAAGUCAGCCUCUACAUAG